AUGCAAGUGAGAUUCAGACUAGGUACUGCAAACACUAAAUUCGGAGAGUCAGUUCAUGUAACUGGAAAUAUUCCAUAGCUUUCAAAUUGGAAUGCAAAAUAAGCACCAUUAAUGAGCACUGAUGCUUCCAGAUACCCUUAAUGGGAUAGCAUGAGCUCGAUAAUAUUGAAUGAUGAAUAAGCAUUAAGCCCAUUUGAAUACAAGUACAUCAUCAACUAAAAUGAUAAUAUAAAAUGGGAACAAGGGAAUAAUAGAGUUUUAAAUUUAUCAAGUCACUUAGGUGAAAAAGAAGUUUUAAUUAUUGAUCAUGGUUAUGAUUAAAAAGCUGCUCCGAAAAUCUUGGACACUAUUGAUGAGGAAGAGGAAAAGCAAAGUGAUAUUUCUCAAGAUCACAUCCUGCCAGCCAAGCCAAAAUCUUUAUAGCAAAACUUAUAGCCACUUUCCACAUUAGUAAGAGACAUUAUUGAAGAACUUAAAGGGCUAAAUGCAGAAAAAGGUACUUGGAAGUAAAAACUGGAGAUAGUGGCAUAAUUAGUAGAUAAAUUCAAAGGCUAUUCGAAUUUUCCAACAGAGGGACUAGCCAUUUUGUCAGCUUAUCUAUAUUUUGUCAACUCUCAUCAAAUCAAAUGUAGUGAAAACGGUACUCAUUUCAGACCAAAUAAUCAUGCCAAUAUUGCCUAUUAACUUUACUAAACUCUUGAUAGAGAACUUACUACAGAGGAAAACACAUUCAUUCCUUCAUUUGCUGAUUAAUAUACCUAAACUGUACCAUUGACUAGGAUCAGAGAUAUUGCUCAUAGAGGAGAUAUUCCUCAAGAUUUGAAAAAUGACAUUAAGCACAGACUCUAGAAUAAACUCCACAGAUGCGCAGACCCAGGUGACUUAAAGACUUGCGAGGAACUCAUUCAAAGAGUUAGAAGUGGUAACUACAGUGGAGAAUUUAAGUAAUAGUUUGAAUUAUUCUAUGAGGAACUAAAGGAGUUUUUUAAUGCUAUGGGACUGAACUUUUUACUCGGAAAAAUCAUGAAUAUGCUACCCUAGGAGUCAAAUUUGAUCUAAGAAUUUUUGAAUAAGAAAGAUAGUGGUCAAAUAAAUGAGAACACAAUAUAAGUCCUGACAAAUUUGAGGAAGAAUUUGAUAAACAGAUUGAACGAGAUAUUAGGAGAUCAUAAUAAGAAAACUUUGUAUCAGUAUUUGUAACUUGCUGAUAUAGAACUAGAAUAAUUCUUAUUCGUCAAAUUAUCAGAGAUACUUGCUCCUGUUUAAUAGCUUAAUUCCUAUGAUGAAGUCAAGAGAAUACUAAGAAUCAGCAUUGUUGCUAUUGAUAAUAUGAUGCUUAGUGGGUUUUACUAGAAUGAACUUGGUAUAUUAUUGAAUGAGCUGAAUUAAUUUGGAGUGUUUGGAGAUAAGCUAGAAAAUGUAACCCUAAGAUUAAAAAGGCUGAAAUCUACUAUUGAGAGAGCUUUAAGACUUGGGAAAAAUUUUACCAGUAAAAUCAUUGAUACUUUCUAGGCUAAUGUUUUCGAUCUUGGCAAAUAGUUUAAUGUUGAAAAGCAUUCAAUAGAGGUAUAUGCAGAGAGUUUUGUGAGAUCUCAUCUUAUAUUCUAAUUUUCAAAAUCACUUGAACUAGUCAUCUAGUUCAUUCGAAAAUCAUUAAACUUACCACCUUAUAUCAUUAUAAGUCAGGUUCUACUUGAAACUGCUGAUGGAACAGAGGAAAUACCUAAUAAUGUGAUUGGCGUGCUAUUAAAGCAUGAUCUUCCUCAGUUAUCUCAUUUAGCUAUUAGGGCUAGAUAAUCUGGCUGUAUAUUCGUGUGCUGUGAGAAUGACGAUGCUUUCAAUAGAAUUCAUAGAUAAGUUUAAGGAGCUAAAUUUUGUAAAAUGUAGCUAGUGAAUGAGAGUGUCUAAAUUGAUUAAUUUUCUGGUAUUGUUGUGAAAUCAUCUUUAAAUGAGGACCAAAAGGAAAUUUUGAAAAUCGAAGCUAAAGAUUUGACAGCUUUAAAGUAAAAAUUCAGUGACUAGGACUUUGAUAUAGUCACUGAUUUUAUUGAAUCAAAUAAGGAUAGAUAAGUAUAGUUACUUGGUUCAAAGUCAGUAAAUUCACUUAGACUAAAAGAUAUCUCUCAGGAUUCUGAAAAGCACCAAUUUUUCACACCAGAGCAGAUCACUGUUCCAAUGACUGUUCCCUAAUUCUUAUUGAUGAGAGACUAGGCAUAAUAUGAUUUGUAUUAACAACUCAUAGACAAACUAGACGAGGCUCCUGUUUAUAUGGUACAACCAUUAAGAGAAAAGAUCAUAGAUUUCCUAAUUAAACUUUAUCAUUAAGUAGCAGUAAGAUCUAGCUCUACUCUUGAGGAUUUAUCUAAAAUGGCUGGAGCAGGAUUAUUUGAUUCAUACCUAAACAUUACACUUGGAAACAAAGUCUAAUUAUCACAGUCAAUUAUAGAUGUCUGGCUUAGUCUAUUCACUGAGAGAGCUAUAAUUUCUAGAAAUCAAUAUAAGAUUCCAAGUUCUCAAGCAUAAAUGUCUGUGCUAAUUUAACAAUAGAUUCAUUCAGAGUUUUCUUUUAUCAUUCAUACUCAAAAUCCAGUAAACAAGAAUCAAAAUGAGGUUUAUAUUGAAGUUGCAGUAGGGCUAGGUGAAACUUUAGCCAGUGCAAACUAAUCAGGUACUCCCUACAGAAUCUCAUACGAUAAAAAGACUGAAGUGGUUAAUGUAUUAAGUUUUGCAAAUUACCAAAAUGGAUUAUUCGCUAAUAAAUCUGAAAUUUCUGGAAUAGAGAGAGUUUUAGACUAUAGUAAAAUUGAAUAUUCUAGCGAUCCAACACAAUUGCUUUCACUUGGAAGAUUAUUGGGAAUGAUCGGAGAAAGAAUUGAGAGCGCAUAUAGUGGAUAAGCAUAAGAUAUAGAAGGUGCUAUAGUCUUUGAAAAUUCUGCACCUAAAAUUUACAUAGUUCAAACAAGGAACUAAGUUUGA